AUGCAGCUUUCGUUCCUGCUUCUUGCCUGGUGCACCCAGCUCAUUAGCAGCCGACCGACCGUGGAAUCACAGGCAGGAGCCACACUUUCUUCAGGCUCGGUAAUCACCGGAGUCGUUGAUGCCAACUACUCGUCCGUCCGCCAGUUCCUGGGCAUACCUUAUGCCGAACCUCCACUCGGGGACCUGCGCUGGGAGCCACCACGCGCGAACCAAUUGCCCGCAACACUGAACGCAACUACUCUUGGAAGAUCAUGCACGCAGUUUGUUACCAAGAUACCCAAUGCGCACAACACCGUUGUUCCAGAGCAUACCAUUGCAGAUGCCAACAGUACCGGAGAAGACUGCCUGACGCUGAGUGUCUGGACGCCGGAAAACGCGACAAAUCUGCCGGUCCUCAUCUUCUUCUACGGCGGAGGCUGGUACAUGGGUGGCCAGAAUACGCCGUAUCAGAUUCCUACACAAUGGGUGCAGCGUACGAAGGACUUGAUCGUAGUCGUCCCAAACACGCGCGGGAACAUCUUUGGCUUCCCGAAUGCUCGAGGUGUAAAGGACCAGAACCUAGGACUUCUGGACCAGCGGCUUGCUGUCGAAUGGGUAAGAGACCAUAUCGGAGCGUUUGGCGGAGAUUCCAAGAAGAUUACCAUUUGGGGCCAAUCCUCGGGUGCGGAAGCCGUCGACCUGUACAGCAUCGCUUGGCACCAAGAUCCUAUAGUGAACGGCUUGAUUAUGGACUCUGGUACGGCGCUCAUUGAAGAUGGAAAGGGCCCGAGAUACUCGAACUUUUCGUAUGUGGCGGCUCAGGUGGGCUGCGGCAACGCUACCACUGCAGCAGACGAGUUGGUGUGCAUGAAAAAAGUCGACGCAGCCAAACUAGAGGCAGUUCUCCAGAAAAACUUAGAUGAAAACGGAAUGCAUCAUGGAAACGGAAGUAUGGGCAACACCCUUGGAUUUGGGGCUUCGGCAGAUGAGAGGACGUACUUCUCCAACUAUGCGGAGAGGAUUCAGCAGGGCAAGGUUGCAAAAGUGCCCGCCAUUAUCGGCAUCAAUAAGGACGACGGCAAUACCCUAGCACCAUUUUCCCUUAGUGGACCGGACCAAGCGAUUUGUGAUAUGUAUUUCCAGAUGGUGUUCUUGUGCCCAUCGUACAUGACAUCCAAGAUACGAGCAUCUGCAGGCAUCCCAACAUACCGAUUCUUCUAUUCAGGCAACUUCAGCAACAUAUCGCCACUGCCAUGGAUGGGAGCUGCCCACAGCAGUGAGCUCCCAAUGUUAUUCGGGACCCACGGCAAUUACCGAGGGGUAUCAACGCCGUACCAGAUCGCUGUGAGCGAAGCAAUGCAGGAUGCUUGGCGAGCAUUUGCGAACGACCCAGAGAGCGGACUUGUGGGACAGAAUUGGCCUGCGUACACUCCGGAUUAUGAUGUUGUGAGAGUGUUUGGGGAGACUGGAACGGUGGCGCGGAACGCGGCUGAUCUUCUGAAGGCGUCAGAGGACCAGUGCUCGAAUUCGAUGGUGUGGUAA